UGCGCAUGCGCUGUGGUGACCAAAAUAAGGAAGUUGACGUAGUUUUUAAUCAAUGACAACAAUGUGGAUGUGGCAGCGCUGAGCGGCUGUCUGAGCUACAAGGAGACAUUUGUGGUGUUUAAAUACACCUCAGGUAAAGCUCCGGUGCCAUAAUGAAGGCAACUAGAGGCAACAUGCUGGCUGCUGGAAUAUCCAACAACAAGGUCAAAUAUUCACGGCUGGCUGCUGAUGAUGACGGUUACAUAGACUUACAGUUCAAGAAAAGCCCACCGAGGGUCCCAUAUAAGGCAAUCGCCCUGGCAAUAUUCCUCUUUCUGAUUGGCUCCUUGCUGAUCAUCUUUGGGGCCCUUCUUCUGUCAGGAACCAUAGAAGUUGAGCAUCCCGACCGCACCAUUCCUGUCAUCAUCAUAGGAAUUCUCGUUUUCCUUCCUGGAUUUUACCAUUUGAGAAUCGCCUACUACGCCGCCAAAGGUUACCGGGGUUACUCCUACGACGACAUCCCAGAUUUUGGCGACUGAGCCACAUGGCAGCUGCUGAUUUUCGCCUUACUGUGUAUCCUGAGACUGUUGCCUGCUGUUUACUUUCUGAAUGUAUGUAGCAAAAAGCUCAAUCUUGUCAGCAUUCUGCCAUGUCCAAGCAGGGGUUUUGUUGAUUUUUUUUUUGUUGUAUCUUGUUUUUUUCUCUUCUCUGUGCUGUUUUAUUCCACACAGAAGCUCGACGGACCUUAGAGACUGUAUAUUUGCAGCUUUAUUAGGAGUGAAACGAGCAUUUUAAUGAGUAGAGGAGCAGCUGCUUCUGCAACAUUUUGCUGGUAUGAAACUCAAACAAGUGGCAAGUCUGUACAGAUGCCUUUCAUUUAGUCCAUGACUGAACAUCUUUGUGCUCUUUGCACAGUAGUUUUAUAGAGUCUUAAGUAGGUAUAUUCUAAAUUUAUUAUAUUAUAUAAUAAGAAACAGAGGAAGCUAUAUUUAUCCUGAAGGGUUGCAUUUGCAGAACUAUCAAGACUGGUUAUAUUUUUGAAUGUAAUGUAUUAUUUCCUAUAUAAAGCAUUGCUGUUGGUGUAUAUUCUGUAACUUUGGAAUAUUUAAGAAACUUGUAUUUUUACAUACAUUUGCUUUGAUUGAAAAAAAAUGUAAUUAAAAGUGAAAUAAAACAAAAAAUGUGAAGUAAAGCUUCAA